AUGUAUGGAAUAUUGUUGAGACUAUUUCUAAUUGGUGUUGUUUACUCGAGCACUGAUUUGGAGCUGGGAAACGCGUUUCUGGCGAAGGUUGGUUUACAUGAAUUAUCAGAGUUUGUGAAUCAAAAAUUGGUUUUUAGGGUCAACUUUCUGAUGCAUUAUCUUAUUUUCAUGAGGCAAUCAACUCGGAUCCGAAAAAUUAUCAAGCUAUUUAUCGGCGCGCUUUGACAUACUUGGCACUUUCACGACCAUCUUCUGCAUUUGCUGAUUUUCAAAAAGUUCUUGCUCUCAAACCCGAUUUUGUCGCAGCUGAACAACAAAAAGCUGAUAUUUUAUUGAAGCAGGGAAAACUGAAAGAAGCGGAACAAAUAUAUCAAGCAUCUAGCAAUACUGAAAAGCUUGAUGAGAUUAGACGAAUUCAAAAUCAUCUUGAUGAAGUUGAACACGCUUUUGAGAACGGAGAUUAUGAAGUGGCUGAAGAAAUGAUUGCUGGAAUUAUCGAAAAUCAAAAAUGGAAUGCGGAGUUAUUCAAGAAGCGAGCGAAAUGCGCGGAGAUGGUUGGCGAUUUCAAAAAAACUGUCAGAAAUCUCAAGCAGCUUAUAAAAUUGUCGCCAGAUAGUACAGAUGUGAUGUAUGAAGUUUCGCAAAUUUUAUACAAAAUCGGAAAUUUUGAUGAUUCUUUGAAAAUGAUUCGCGAAUGCUUGAAAUUGAAUCCAGAUCACAAAGAAUGUUUCGCAUUUUAUAAAACUAUCAAAAAACUUGUGAAAGGAGUUGGUGAGUUGUAAUUUAAAAGUUCUCCCGAAGAAAAAUCAUUUUUCCAGACUCUGUCAAAUCGUCAAUCGAAUCGCAAAACUGGGAAGAAUGUUUGAAAACCGCUGCAAAAACUGUCAAAUCGUUCGAAAAUGCAAAAUCUGCAUUGCAAAUCCUCACUCUGAAAUGUCAUAGAGAAUCUGGAAAUAAUCAACAAACAAUUCUCGACGCCACAGAACUUCUCACUUCUGAAAAUCCUUCGGAAAUCGAGACUGAAAUUCUUCAUCAUCGCGCAUUGGCUUAUCUAGAAGAAUCUGAAUUCGAUGAUGCGAUUCAAGAUGUGAAGAAGAUUCUAGAAAAUGAUCCGGAUGAUCGAGAAUUUAAAGAACUUUUGAGAAAAGCUGAAAAUGCCAAGGUUCAAGCUGGAAAACGAGAUUAUUAUAAGAUUUUGGGUGUAAAAAGAAAUGCGAAGAAAAAAGAAAUUGUGAAAGCCUAUAGGCAAUUAGCGCAAAAAUGGCAUCCGGAUAAUUUCAAGAGUGAGGAGGAGAAGAAGAAGGCGGAAAAGAUGUUCAUCGAUAUUGCGGCGGCGAAAGAAGUAUUGACUGAUGAAGGUGAGUUAGCUUAAGUAAAAGCUUGGGAUAGUAUAUAAAGUUUUUCCGAAUAAUUUCAGAGAAACGUGAGCAAUUCGACAAUGGGAUCGAUCCAUUGGACCCUGAAGCAGCUCAAAAUCAACAACAUCGCGGGCAUCACGGCGGAUUUCCACACGGUUUCAAUCCAUUUGGCGGUGGUGGAAAUUUCCAUUUUUUCUACAACUAGUCCUGUUUUUUGUUUCAUAAUAAUUAUAAAUUUUUAUCUUUUUUUAAUUUUUGCUGAAUGGUUUAAUGAGCCAGAUAUCUGAAAUUUUGUAGAACAGACAUCUGAAAUACCGUGUAAAAUAUUCUAGGCUUUGAUUUCUAUGGAUUUCCAUAAAAAACAAUGAUUUUCUGAAUAUUUUACAGGGAUUUCAGCGGAGAUGCGGAAGCUAUGCUCAACACGUAUUUUGUUGCUGAACAAAAAAUCUCGGUUCGCUGUUUAAAGGGACAUGCUUUAAUUUUCCACCAAAAUCUUAAGAACGGCUGCAUCAAAUGAAAAUCUGAGUACACCAUCUUGAUCGCCGUGAAAAACUGCAUGGAAAUAAGCUUUGGUGGAGCGAACGGGUGCCGUUUUAGCGUUUCGGGGUUCGUGGCGAGACCAAUUUCGAAAAAUAGCGCGCAAAAUGGAGAGACGCGAGACAUUUUUGUGCAUUUAUGCGUCACCGUGUUUGCACAAGUCAGUACAGUAUACCAACCGCGAACCGAGGGCCAAAAAAAUACGUGUCAAAAUUCGAUAUUUUUACAGAUCCUUUUCAAAAAAUGGAGGAACAAUUGGCGAAUUUGGAUUUGAAUUCGAAUCCGAAUCCAGAACCUGAAAGCCAAUAUGAAAUUGGGUGGUACGAUAUACCACUGGAACUUCGCGAAAUCGUCCUAGAAGAUAUGACAACUGAUGCAAAACGACGAUUCUCAAUGUGCUCCAAAGAUUGUUUGAAAAAGGUUAGAAGGUCGAAGAACUUUUUCAAGAAGAUCUCAUUGUUCUGGACCGAAUCGAUUGUUGAGAUGGAAGUUUCGAUUGGCGAUGAUUUUUAUGUUAUAUUCCAGUUUUCUCAGGAUAAUGAGCAAGUGACAGAAUGUUCGAUCAUUGGGCCGAUUUAUCACAAAACUUUCAAAGUUGUUGGGGAUUUUCAUAGUGUUGGUCUUGAAUAUUUUCAAAAAUUUGUUGAAGAUGCGAUUCAUCUUGAAAAUCUUGAAUUGGAAGUGGUGAGCGAAUAUUUUCAGGAUUGAUUUUUGAUUUUCAAUAAUAAUAUAUUCAAUUCAGAAAAACUUUCCAUUCGAUAAAGUCAACAUUCAUCAUCUGAAGAAGCUCAAGGAUCUGCGAAUCAAGAAAGCUGAAAUUGCUGAAGAGGAUUUUAUUAAUCCGUUCGAAUCUGGUUUCUUGGAUUUCGCGCAAGUUUCCACAGUUGAAAACAGUAUUCGAAUGGAGAAUUUGAAUUUGGCGCAAGUUUGUGAAUUGAAAGCGCGUCAUAUUUUCUUGAAAAAUGUCGGUUUGUCAACAGAAAAUAUUGAAGAAUACUUGAAAUUGUGGAAAAAUGGAGAACUUGGGGAGAAUAUUCAAAAAGUAUUCAUGAAAACAACAGAAGAAAUCAAUUGCGAAGAGAUUUUGAGAGAUUUGGAAACUAUUGGAAGUUAUGAAAUGUGAGUUUUUUAUUUUUGAAUCUUUAAUUAAAUAAAUUUAUAGCUACGAUGGAAAGAUCUGGUUUAAACUUCGAAAUUUGACUGGAGAAUUUGCGGAAGUUUCGGUGUCUAGCAAUUCGGUGUCAAUGAAUUUGACAAUAUUGGAUGACGAGGACGAUUUUGAGUAUGAGAAUCUGGAAGAUUCUGAAGACGAAGUCGAUUUGGAAAAUUCCGAGUUUCUUGAAGCCGAAAUGUAUCGCGAUUUUUUGAAUGACAAUGGUUUCGAAUUCGGUGAUGAAGACGAUGACGAUUUCGAUGAUUAUAUUGAUCCUUUGUAUAAUUAUUGA